CUCUCUCCCUCUCUCUCCCCCCACCUCAAUCUGCGCUGAAGUGUCUUUGAAAGGGGGGCAAGGAAAGGGGGUCGUGGCUUAACAUUAUAAAGGAAAAAAAAUAAGACAGCUUUGCUUUCUUGCUGUAGAAUCCGCGUCUUGACAAGCUUGGGAAAAAAAAGGAAAAUAAGGAAAAACCAGAGGGGGUGAAGAUUCAGACGCACUGUGUUUUGGGGCUUUUUUGCGCACGAGCUACAUUACGUUUCUGAUUUUAUCUUUUCAAAAAAUAUAUAUUUUUUGUUAGAAAAAAAAAAACAUUUUUUAAUUUUUGAUCAAAGGGUCUCAGAUAGAGGGAGGAAUUAUUUAAAAAUAUAUAAUAAAAAUGAAACUUUUGCCUUUCUGCACUUGGCUCCCCUGCCUGCUGCUCUUCAUCUUCGGGAUGUGUCCGGUGGGGCGCGAGUGCGGCGCCGUCGCGAAGAGGACGCCCAGGUCCAAGAGGGAGCUGGUGCGCGCGAGGGAGGCUGCGGGAUCGGGAUCCGUCCCGGGCGCGUGUGCCACGAGGCUGCCGCGGGGGAAGCGCUCGGUGGCGACGGCGGCGACGGUGGAGAGACGCGUGGCGGCGGCGGCGGGGGGCGACCGGGAGAACGGAGCGGGGCGCCCCCCCAGGAGCGCCGUUUAUUUCACGGGCAGAGGAGACCAGCUGCGCCUGAAGCCCAGUGCCGAGGUACCGCGUGGCAACUUUACCCUGGAGAUGUGGACCAAGCCUGAGGGUGGCCAGCGCUCGCCCACCGUUAUUGCAGGACUCUACGACAAAUGUUUCUACGCAUCCUGUGACCGAGGCUGGUUAUUAGGCAUCAAGCCAGUGAGCGAUCAAGGCAACAGAGACCCACGUUUCUUCUUCUCCCUCAAAACUGACAGAGCGCACAAGGCCACCACCAUCACCUCCAAUGCACCCUACUCGCCCAACCACUGGCACCACCUCGCCAUCACCUACAACGGCCUCCACAUGAAGCUGUAUGUGAACGGGGCUCAGGUGGCUGUAAGCCGAGAUCAAUCCGGAGAGAUCUUCAGCCCGCUUACCAAAAAGUGCAAGGUGCUCAUGAUCGGCGGCAAUGCCCUCAACCACAACUACAGAGGAACCAUGGAGCACCUGAGCCUGUGGAGGAGGGCCUUAACCCAGCGAGAGAUCAUCCGCCACAUGAAGGGACAUGGUCACGACCACCCGGACGACCUCUCCCAACUGGUCAUUCACGAGAACUUCGAGAGCACCUCUCGGAAGUGGCUGACCGUUAAAGACGGGACCUUUCCCCAGGUGGUGGUCUCAGACAGGACAUGGACAGGUGAUCUGGGUGGCUCCACCCACACCGCGCUGCUCCCCCCACCUUGCGGCCAGACCAUUUGCGACAAUGUGGAGGUGGUGACCAACUACAUGCGCUUCUGGAGUUUCCGUAAACCCAAGACCGUGAGGUACCGGCUCGUAAACGUGUACGACGACCACGGCCUGUGGCCCACGGUGACGGAGCACCAGAUCAACCUCCAGCACCAGCACCUUAACGACGCCUUCCGCGUCUACAACAUCACCUGGGAGCGCACCGUCCACAACGUCUACAACUCCUCCUUACGCAACCGACUGGUGCUCACCAACUGCGACAUCAGCAAAGUAGGCGACGAAGAGUGCGACCCAGAGUGCAAUCACACGUACACAGGUUUCGACGCCGGCUACUGCAGGAGACAUACUGCCAUCUGUCCCAGACACAAGCAGGGGAACGGAGUUUGCGAUCCUGAGUGCAACUUGGAGAGUUUCUACUACGACAACGGUGACUGCUGCAACCCCAACAUCACCGACGUCACCAAGACGUGCUUUAAUCGCACCUCACCCCACAAGGCCUUUAUGGAUGUGAAGGAGCUGAAGGACCUUCUGCACCUGGACGGCUCCACCCACCUGAACGUCUUCUUUGCCAACUCGUCUGAUGAGGACCUAGCAGGAGUGGCCACCUGGCCCUGGGAUAAAGAGGCCUUAACGCAUUUAGGUGGGAUUGUGCUGAACCCCUCGUUCUACGGUACGUUUGGCCACACGCACACCAUGAUCCACGAGAUCGGACACAGCCUCGGACUGUACCACGUCUUCAGGGGGAUUUCGGAAGUAGAGUCGUGUAACGACGCCUGUCUGGAGACAGAACCUUCUUUGGAAACUGGAGACCUGUGUGUAGAUACGAACCCCACGCCCAAGUACAAGUACUGCAGAGACCCAGAGCCUGGAAACGAUACCUGUGGCCAACGCACCUUCAAGCACACACCCUACAGAAAUUAUAUGAGCUAUGCUGACGAUGCAUGCACAGACUCCUUCACACUGAAUCAGGUGGCCCGGAUGCACUGCUACCUGGACCUGAUCUACCAGUCCUGGAGGCCUGGCAGUAAGCCAGCUCCAGUUCCUCUACCUCUGCGCCUGAUGGAGCAAGGGCACGACUCCCUCACGCUGGAGUGGUUCCCUGCCAUCACCGGCCUUUAUUUUGACAGAGAAGUGGGAUCAGUAUGUGACAGAUGCACUGAAGGCCGAGUGCUCCUCCAGUACGCCACCAACUCGUCCUCCCCGAGACCCUGCGCUCCAUCAGGACACUGGAGCCCCAGAGAAGCGGAGGGUCCUCCGGACGUGGAGCAGGUCUGCGAGCCGAGCGUACGGACCUGGAGCCCCAACUCCGGGCUGGACUCCGGCAGCGUGGGCUCGGCCUCCUGCCCGCUGCAGGGCUGCAUGCUCCAGCUGGACUUCGCCUACCCGCUGGUGCCGGACUCGCUCACGGUCUGGGUCACCUUCUUCUCCCCCGAGGAGAACGGCCUGGCCGCCAUCCACAACAUCCUGCUGUUGACGCUGAGCGGGAACAACGUGUCUCUGGGCCCUCAGAGCGUCUUCUGCGACACGCCGCUCACGCUGAAGCUGGAAGUGGACGAGGAGGUAUGCGGCGUGCAGUUCUUCACCAUGGAGCAGCACUUGGAGAUCGACGCCACACUGAUGGCCUCCAAACCUGGCAAUGCCCUGUGUGAGGCGUGCCGACCGCUGCGAUACAGGCUCACCCGGAACCCACCUUUCAGCCAUGCUCCUCUCGGUGUGGUGCUUACGGAGCCUAGGAGGUACAUUGACAGGAAUGUGAAGCCUGGUGAGACGUACACCUACCAUGUGCUGACUGUGUCCAGAACAGCAGAAAGUGAGCCAUCUCCUCCUCUCAUCCAUCAGCUGGGAUCACCCUACUGUGGAGAUGGACUCGUCCAAAAAUAUCUGGGAGAGCAGUGUGACGACAUGAACUUUGCCAAUGGAGAUGGGUGCUCCAACCAAUGCAAAAAGGAGCCUUUGUUUAACUGUGUUGAUGAGCCCAGCCUGUGCUACUUCUACGAUGGCGACGGUGUGUGUGAGGACUUUGAGCGGGAGACGAGUGUGAGGGACUGUGGGCUCUACACACCCAGUGGUUUCCUGGACCAGUGGGCCACAAGGGUGGAUGUUUCCACUCAGCACAAGGUGCAUUGCCCUGCUGAGGUGGCUGCUGGGUAUCCUGCCGUGACAAAGAGCUGUCAGUCGAAGGUGUUUGACCUGUCUGAUGGAGUCUCUCAAGACGCCUGGUUUCCAUGUGAGGAAGCGCAGAUGCUGAGCCGGACCCACCACUACUGGCUGAAGGCGUACUACGCUCACCCUAUGGUGGCUGCUGCAGUCAUCAUCCACCUUGCCGCAGACGGAACCGCCUACAGUGACCAGACCCAGGCCAAUGUCACCGUGCAGCUGGUGGACACCAAGGAGCAGAUCCACAACCUCGGCGAAUGGCGUCUGAGUUGCCGGAACAAUCCGCUGGUGAUCCCAGUGAGUCAUGACCUGAGCAUGGCCUUCUACAGGACCCAGGCCAUCGUGGUCAGCUUCCGCUCGUCUCUAGUGGCUAUCUCAGGCGUGGGUCUGCGCUCUUUUCAGUACUUUGAUCCGAUCACCAUCAGCGGCUGCCAGAGUAAUGAGAUCUACAACCCCAUGGGACAAAGUUGUGUGCACUACUCGUGCGAUGCCAUUGACUGCCAGAAGCCUCUGGUGCACAACGCAGUGAUGAAGUGCAGCAGCCCGGGCUAUUUUAACGGCGUGCGCUGCACCGUCACCUGCAACCGAGGAUACACGCUGAAAAUCCACCGGGACGAUGACAUCAUCAAAACACAGUCGGACUCCACCGCGACCCUGACCUGCGCAGACGGGAAGUGGAACAAGCAGGUGUCCUGCGAGCCGGUGGACUGCGGCCGACCCGACAAGUACCACGUGCACCCCGCCGUCUUCCAAUUCGCCGAGGGCACCACCUACGGCAAGAGGUGCACUUUCCAGUGCCGGCAGCCGGCGCAGCUCAUAGGCACUAACAAUGUUCUGACGUGUAUGGAGGACGGGAUGUGGUCAUUUCCUGAGGCUCUCUGUGAGCUGCGGUGUCCUGCACCUCCACCUGUCCCCAACGCCAUCCUGCAGACCAAGCGCUGCAACGCCACUGGCCUCAAGGUGGGCUCCUUCUGCAAAUACAAGUGCAAGCCUGGAUACCACGUCCCGAGUGCAGAUAAGCCUAAGAGACGAGCGUUCACCAGGCAGUGUACGGAAGACGGAAGCUGGCAGCCGGGUGUGUGUGUGCCUGUGAUGUGUGAGCCGCCACCGCCGGUCUUCCACGGCAGCUACCAGUGCACCCACGGCUUCCAGUUCAACAGCGAAUGCUGGCUGAGCUGCCCCGGGGGCAACCACACGGCCACCUCCACCACCAGUGUGAUCCGCUGUAGGAAGGAUGGGAACUGGACCGGCUCCUUCCAGCUCUGUCCUCAGCUACAGGGCCAGUGCUCCCUCCCUCACAGCCUGGGUCCCGCUAUCCUCAUCAGCUGUGCUGAAGGACAACACAACAUCGGUACCAAAUGUGAGCUGGCUUGCAACGACAGUGGCAGUAGCUUAGUGCUCCUCCCCAGAAACAUGACCGAAGACGACUUACUGAAAGACCACUGGCGAAACCCCCCCAAAGUUCAGAGAAUCGUAUGCACGAUGGGGCUGAAGUGGUACCCGAGCCCAGAUACUCUGCACUGCAUUAAAGGUUGUGAGCCUUUCAUGGGCGACAACUACUGCGAUGGAGUCAACAACCGAGCGUUCUGCAACUACGACGGCGGAGACUGCUGUCAUUCUACUGUUAAAACUAAAAAGGUAAUCCCAUUCCCCAUGACCUGCGACACCCGAGAUGACUGCGCGUGUCGGGACCCAAAGGCCCAGGAGAACAGCAAGGGGCUCCGGCACCACACGCUGGGCUGAGAGCGGGCCGUCGACCCCCGGGAGCACCUGACGGGGGGUAAAAACGGAGAAAAAAAAAGAAACAUUCCUCUCUCUCCAUGCUGCUUACAAGAGGGCCAAUCCACUCACACUGUUCCCGUACAUGCCCGCCGUCACCACCACCGCCGCCGCCGCUGCUGCUGCCGCUGCUGCUGCCGACUACGCCAAGCCCUCGACCCCUCAUUCAGAGCAACACCCACCCACCAGGGUAAUGAUGCCACCCAACCCAACAGACAACAUCAAUACAGUUCAAUUACAGUACAACAAAUACUUAUGAUUCAAUAGGGUUGAAAUUAGUAAUGAAUACAAUACGAGAAGACUUUGAAGUUGUUUCAAAGUAUUGAUAACCUGGAACAGCCAAUUUUAUUCCUUUUUUUUUAAGUCUUUUUACAUAUUCUUUCUCUAAGGUUCCAAUUUAAGUUUCAAUUGCAGCAAGGUCACAGAUAGUAAUAAAAAAAUAAAUAAUAGAAAACAAAAAGAUUAAACAUAAAAUUUAAGAAAUUAAAUUUGUUGGAAAGAAAAUCUCAGCAAAUAUAGUGUGGAUAUAUUCAUGCCCGUUAUUGUAGAGCUUGAGCCAUUCAUAAAAGCUGUACAAAUUACUUGGCGAUAUGGUACUGUACGUAUCACGAUACAGGGGUUACGAUUCAAUAUAUCGCGAUAUAUUUCGAUACUGUAGUAAACUGCAGUGAAAUAUUACUUACAAUUGUUUUAAAUCCAAUUUUUGAGUUAUUAUAUUUCCAUAAUCUGAGUAAAAGAAAAGUUUGAGACUUUUAUCCAAUAAGAAGAUCAGAAUCAACACAAACAGAGUGAUUCAGCAAAAUGAAUCACUUCUGACACCAACCUUUACAUGUAAACUAAUACUUAAAAAUCGAUACUGUGGUUUUGAAAAUCGAUCAAUACAGUAUUGUGAUACUUCAGUAUGUUCUUUGAUAUUUUUUUACACCCCUAAUGACUCUCUUUUUGAGUUUUAUUCUAUUGUUAAUCAGCUAUCUAGUCUGAUUCAGCAUAGGAAAAGCUAAAACUACUAAAUGCUCUUUCACCAAUUGAACCGAAUCCCACCAGAGCAUUCUGAUAGAUGCUCUUCUGGACCCAAGAAGCAUAGGAAACUGAGGGUGGUGGAUAGGAACGUAGCGGUAGCGGUUGGUGCAGCCAGCUGGUGUGGCAGUAAAUCGCCAACCAGACAAAAAGCAAACCCUCUGGACCUUUCAGAAGAUACGCACAUCUAAACCUGAAGAGUUUCACCUAAAAAAAAAUAAAGGCGCUAAUCCGAUGAAUUUCAUCUCCAGCUGUGUGUGACAGAGAGAGAGAAAGCGAGAGGGAGGGAGUGAGGGAGGGAGGGAGUAGCGGACAAGCGAGUGAAUGGAGGAAAAAGGAGGGAUAGAUGAAGAGAGGGAUGGAUAGCGAGCGAGCGAGAGAUAGCGAGAGAGAAAGAGAGGAAGAGAGGAAGAGAAACUGGCUGCGAGGAGAUGAGAACAGAGUUGUGUUAGCACAGCUGUUGCUGCUAGUUUCGCUGCUUUGGCAGUGCAGCCAAAAUCUCACGUUGUGUUCUAUUGAGCGUAACCUUGUAUACACAGUCUACCUUCAGCCGUACCUCUGACCAUAACGCAGCCUUACAGUCACUGCCGCGCAGUAACCUCAUAUCUCCAUUGUGAACGGACCAAUAGAAUAGCGAAUAGUGCUCCAAAAUGAAUACAAUUCUCACUCUUUUACAUUGACUUCCACUAUAAGUUAGGAAGUUUUUGAGGCUAUUGAGGAUACUGGAGAUACAAGGUUAUUGUGUGACACACACACACACACACACAGUUAGGUGCUUCUUACCAAUUUGUACAGAGAUUAAAAGCCAAUGUAUGAAAUUCACAUUCACUCAGCAACUCACAUAGUUUCAGUUCAGUUAUAGUUUCAGUAAAACUUUACACCAACAUGCUAAAUGUCAUUGGAACAGGAACUGUGCUAACAAGAGAACACCUCACAACUUAUACAGCCGUGGGCAUUCCCCCACAAGCUGCCUCCUGGAGUAACACACUUCGUGAUCCCUUUACAGUACGUGGUGUCGUCCCAUGACUUUUGGCAUGCGUGUGUAUACCUUGUGCGCUGUAGAGCGCAAUACUAAACAGGGCGUAUGGAUUCAUUUAUUUGUUUAUGCAAAAAAAAACAACCUUGUAUCUUCAUUUUUGCUUAAUUUUCUUUGAAUUUGAAUCUGACCAUUGUUCACACUCUGUUCACACUGUGUCCAAAUAUCAUGAUGAAUGAAACAAUAGAAAUGCUCAAAAAUGACUUUUUCACAUUGACUUUCAGUGAAAGUUAUAAAAAAGCUGCCAUUUUGGAGAUACAAGGCUUUUUUGUUUGACACCGACAAAAUGUUACCGAAGUAAAAAAAAAAAGAAAAUAGUGAGCAGAGCAGGACUUUCUCAUCAAAUAAGUUCCCGAAUUUAAAAAUAAAAGCAUAUUUCUGCCACCCUGCAAUUAGGAGGAAGUCUUUUUAUCUUAAGUCGUAAAUUUAACGAAUGAAAGUUUCAUAGCACUCUGAAGAAGGAAUUUUCUCUCUCAAGUUUUGCAGUCAUCUUAUCGGAUGUCCAGCAAAAUUUGUGUUUCACCUUUAAUUUAGUGAGGAUAGAUCACUUAUCAUCAAGAAAACUGUUGCAUCCAGACGAAAUGUACAUUUUAUGAGAUGAAAUGGAGUUCUAGUAGUAGGAACAAUAAAUUAUGAAAUAUUCAGACUGAUUUGGGAACAAUUAGAGGUAGUGUGUGUAAUACAGGUUGAUUGUGGAGUUGUAGUUGUAGAGGUUCCUAAUGGUGUCCAGCGAUAGUACAUGACACCAGACCUUCUUGACCAUUGUGAACCAUUACACAAUUCUGUGUAGCUCAAUAAAU